UCCAGAUAACGAGGACGGAGACAUACUAGUGGUUGCCAUGUAUGACUUUACAGCGAAAGAGGACACGGACCUGACUUUGACUCAGGGAGACGAGUACACCAUCCUACACAAACAGGACCAGCUGUGGUGGAGGGCACAGGACAAACACGGAAAUAAGGGAUUUAUCCCCAGCAACUAUGUUACAGAAAAGGACAGGAUUGAGGCCAACCAGUGGUACUGUCAGAGCAUCACCAGAUCAGAGGCUGAACAGCUGCUACGACAGGAGGCUAAAGAGGGAGGGUUUGUGGUGAGGGAGUCGAGUCAACAAAGCUGUUACACUGUUUCAGUGUUCACUAAAGCUCUGGGUAUAAAUGGUGGUAUCAGACACUACCAGAUAAAGCUCAAUGAUUCUGGAAGCUUCUAUCUUUGUGAGAAGCACAUCUUCACCUCAAUACCUGAACUCAUAGAGUACCACAACCACAAUGCCGCAGGUCUGGUGACCAGGUUAAGGUAUGCAGUAGGACCUAUGGGCAGAUGUGUCCCUGCUACACCAGGCUUCAGCUCAGAGAAAUGGGAGAUUGACCCUAGUGAGUUGACUGUAAUGAAGGAGCUGGGUUGUGGUCAGUUUGGGUUGGUGAGGCUGGGGAAAUGGAGAGCUCUGUGUAAGGUGGCCAUUAAAACAAUCAACGAGGGAGCCAUGCACGAAGAAGACUUCAUAGAGGAGGCUAAGAUUAUGAUGAGGUUAUGCCACCCGAAGCUGGUACAGUUGUAUGGUGUAUGUACGCGGCAGCAUCCCAUGUGUAUAGUGACUGAGUUUAUGGAGAACGGCUGCCUGCUGAACUACCUGAGACAGAAUGGAGGUACCAUGGGACAACCAUGGCUCCUGUCUGUCUGUCAAGACACAUGCGAGGCCAUGCAAUACCUGGAGACACACAACUUCAUACACAGAGACCUGGCAGCACGGAACUGUCUGGUCAGCGACAAGAACGUGGUGAAGGUUUGUGACUUUGGAAUGACCAGAUACGUACUAGACAACCAGUACACCAGCUCUACAGGCUCUAAGUUCCCAGUCAAGUGGUCUCCUCCUGAGGUGUUGCACUAUAACAAGUACAGCAGCAAGUCGGACGUCUGGUCCUUCGGUGUGUUGAUGUGGGAGGUGUUUACUGAGGGGAAGACACCGUUUGAUGGGCGGUCUAAUGUCGACGUAGUGGAUGAGAUUACCAGGGGUCACCGUCUCUACCGGCCUCACAAAGCUUCCAACGAUGUCUACAAACUCAUGUACCAGUGCUGGCACGAGAGACCACAGGGCCGCCCUUCUUUCUCUGAGCUGUUGAAGAGGAUCAGACUACUGGCUGAAUUGGAUGACUAGACACACACACAGCUGUUGAAGAGGAUCAGACUACUGGUUGACUAGACACACACACACACAGCUGUUGAAGAGAAUCAGACUACUGGUUGACUAGACACACACACACAGCUGCUGAAGAGGAUCAGACUACUGGUUGACUAGACACACACACAGCUGUUGAAGAGGAUCAGACUACUGGUUGACUAGACACACACACAGCUGUUGAAGAGGCUCAGACUACUGGUUGACUAGACACACACACACAGCUGCUGAAGAGGAUCAGACUACUGGCUGACUAGACACACACACACAGCUGUUGAAGAAGAUCAGACUACUGGUUGACUAGACACACACACACAGCUGUUGAAGAGGAUCAGACUACUGGCUGACUAGACACACACACACACAGCUGUUGAAGAGAAUCAGACUACUGGCUGACUAGACACACACACACAGCUGUUGAAGAGGAUCAGACUACUGGUUGACUAGACACACACACACAGCUGUUGAAGAGGAUCAGACUACUGGUUGACUAGACACACACACACAGCUGUUGAAGAGGGAUCAGACUACUGGAUGACUAGACACACACACACAGCUGUUGAAGAGAAUCAGACUACUGGCUGACUAGACACACACACACAGCUGUUGAAGAGGAUCAGACUACUGGCUGACUAGACACACACACACAGCUGUUGAAGAGGAUCAGACUACUGGCUGACUAGACACACACACAGCUGUUGAAGAGGAUCAGACUACUGGUUGACUAGACACACACACACAGCUGUUGAAGAGGAUCAGACUACUGGCUGACUAGACACACACACACAGCUGUUGAAGAGGAUCAGACUACUGGCUGACUAGACACACACACACAGCUAGACCAGGUGAAAGCUAUGAACCCUUAUUGAUAUCACUUGUUAAAGAUUUUUAAGCCUUGGGACAAUAGAGUACCACAGUAUAAUACCCAUAAAACC